GUCAGCCAGCUGGGGUUGCUAGGUAACAGAUGAAAACAAGAGCAACUGUGGGAUCAUGGCUUCUAACUACACAGCUAAUCAGUUUGAAAAUGCCUUUGAUGCAAACUAUCUUCGGAACUGGUGCAUCGCCAAAGGCUCCAAAAAGCAACCUGAAGCCCAUGAAGGCUACACUCAGAUCAUCGCUAAUGAUCGUGGUCAUCUGCUACCUUCAGUUCCUCGUUCCAAGGCCAAUCCCUGGGGCACAUUCAUGGGCACUUGGCAAAUGCCUCUGCAGAUACCACCAGCUCGAAUAAACUUGACUGCCCGUUCCACUGCAGCUGCCAACCGACUAUUAAACUGGGUGCAGAAAAACCCUGACUUGCUCAAUGCCUCCAAUGGACUAUGUCCAGAAAUCCGAGGCCAUCCCCAAGAUUCAGGACCACGUGGAAACCGUAACACCCCAAAGCUCCAGGAGAAGACUGCUACUCCAAAAGCUGUACAAGAGACUCCACCUCCCUCUCCAGCUGCAAAUUCUCCAGCCGCACAAUCUCCAGCCCCAAAUUCUCCAGCUGCAAAUUCUCCAGCCCCAACCUCCUCACCCUCAAGAAGCCUCCCCAAUGCCUCCCCACCCCCACAUCCACCCCCAAAUCAAAUCUGCUCAUGCUAUUGUACUUGUUGUUGCUGCCGCCCUGCAAAGAUAGCACCCAAAAGAUCCUCGACUUCAGAGGUCUACUCCAGUAGUAAUGAGCCUGAGGACCAGGAAAUUCAAGAGAGGAAUAUUGAAAAUGAGGAAGCCCAGCAGGAGAAAGGAGCACCAGCUCCAUUAAGUCCCAAGAAGAUAACAGAAUAAACCUAAUUCUGCUUGAGGAAUGUCAAACAGGUUAUAUGGGGUUUGGAUAAAGGGAAAUUUAAAAAAAUAAAAUGUGAAGUUUUCGUUUGA